CUUUCCGACACUGAAGCCCUCGACCCUAAAUCCUCCUCCUCCGAAGCCCUCGACCUUAAAUCCACCGCCUCUGAAGCCCUCAAGCCUUGAACCCCAACUCUCUGGUACCAAUCUAAAGCCCUAAAUCCGAGAUUUGUCUUCGAAUCUGAGUUUUGAUUAACUGGAAGGUUUCGGGUUCUUCACUUUUGGGAAGAUGGAGUAUUGUGGUGGAGAUGUUCUCAGCUCCGCCCCCGAUAUCUUAGAAGCAGGAGUAUGGGAAGAUGGAGAUUGUGGUGGAGCAGAAUUCGAGGAUGUAAGCCAGGCUCCCAAAGGCUCUGUUAAGAAGUUUAGAAUCUGUUUCCAGAAUAUGUGUUGGUACAUAGAAUAUUGGACGACAGACUCCACCCGAUGACCUGGAUAUUGAUAGUUGGCUAGAUAUCAAUGACCUAGCCGACAUCUAUGCAAUUGGAUUGAACUAUUUUUCUUAGCACUGCUGGUGUUGAAGACAAAGCUGAUCAUGUUUCAUCAGCACUCAUAGGUAAGGUUGGGUGUUCAACUCCAAGUAAUCUGUUUAUGAUAUGUUAGUCUUUGUUCACUUUAUGGAUUAUUCUUCUUCUGCUGGAUUUCAUGUUGAUUUGAUGCUUCAAAAUCUGGAAAAGGAAACUGAUGAUGUGGAUGCUCAAAUCGGUGAUCGCUACCAACUACUUGACAGCUGUUGAGUACACUCCGGAUCAUAUUAGGAAAAUAGAGGAAUCAGUUCGGAUUCGAAAGUUAGCCGAACCUGUAGAGCUUAUUAGAUUGGUGAAGCAAUUUAAGAAGGAGCUUUCCGCUGAGCGUUCACUAGGGUUUGAAUUGCCAGAGUCUUUGAAACUGAAGCCAACCAAUGAGAUAAUUGACGAGUUGAAGAAUUUGCCUCUCAAGGCAAAUGUCAGUGAGCAAAGAGAUGAAGUUUUGCCCGGCAGGCCUCUUCCACCUGAAUGGCACGCUGAACUUCAUACAGAUUAUGAUGGUGCUGCUGUAAGAUGGGGCCUUAACCACCACAAAGAAAGUGCAGCUGACUGUUGUCAGGCUUGCUUAGUUCAAGCAAAACGUGCCAAGCCUAAUGAAAAGAAAUGUAAUGUAUGGGUUUACUGUCCUGCAGAAGAUGGUUGCCAUUCUCCAGAUAUCUAUGAGCAUAGACUUGGAAAGUGCUGGCUGAAAACUGAGCUCAAAGUCGUGGACUUUCACUGAUCCACUAUACAGAUACUUCUAUUCUUGAAAGUUUGAUUUAGCCAUGGAUAAACUCACUGAUGCAGAAGCUGCUAGGAUCCUUCUUUGAGGUGGAUGCUGUACCAGAUCUUAUAGGGCAAAUUCAUAGGAAAACUGCAAGAUUACUCCACCAUAUUAAUGGGUAGUUAGUAAAUCUUGUUGAGUAGAAACCUAUGUAUGUGUCUGCAUUGCAUGAAACAAUGUCUCUGCCUUACGUUGCCCCCAUGUUAAUGGUUAUAUGUUAAGUUGUAAUUUCUUCUCAGCAACUCAAGUGCUUGUACUAUUUUAGUUGCUCCCUGAUGACUCUCUUAGUUUCACUGUCAUGAGCUUUCAUUUGUGCUUGUACUAUUCAACAUAUAUAGCUAUAAAUAUAGUCACUUGAUCGACUCAAUUUCUCAUAACUUUGUUAUUAUGUCCAUGCCUCAUUCACCAAAGUGAUUAACUAAUCCUUUUGAUAUAAU